AUUCAAUCUUGGAGUUCGAGCAGAAAAAUGACAUUGUUUUCGUUGGUUUAGCAAAUAUACGAGGUGGGUCGAGGGAUUUGUAUCUCUUCCAGUUAUGUCGUCCCCGCCGCCUAAGCCAGAAGUUGGGGUGGGCGUGUUUCUGCUAAAGGGCAAUAAAGUGCUGCUGGGCCGCCGCCGCACCUCCGUUGGCUGUGGCACGUUCGCGCUUCCCGGUGGCCACCUUGAGUUCGGGGAAAGCUUUGAGGCUUGUGCAGCCAGGGAAGUGAAGGAGGAAACCGGGCUAGACAUUACUGGAAUUGAGUAUAUGACAAUUACCAACAACGUUGUUUCAGAACCAAAACCAGUACAGUUGAUUGCGGUUCUUAUGCGAGCAGCACUGGCUGAUUCUGAUCAGGCACCCAUCAAUCUUGAACCUGAGAAAUGUGAUGGCUGGGAUUGGUAUGACUGGGAUGAUCUUCCACAACCAUUGUUUGAACCACUGAAAACUGCAAUAGGACGCGGCCUUAAUCCAUUUCUGUCCAAUUAGAGCAAUGAUUAUCGACUGAAGAAUGCCGUCUAACUAUCUAUCUGUGUCGGAAUUUCAAGUAUGAUAUCCUUUAUACAUGGUCAUCGUUAUUGCACACUUUUAGUGUAUGGUUCUCAGAAAAAGAGUUGAUUGGGGGAAUUAUUUUGCAGCUUCUAACAGCCCAGUAAUUCAAGGCUGUAGAGCUUAUGAAUGAUCCUCGUACGAACUUUAUUGCAAUAACUUGGAAGUUGAGCGUUGUUGCAAUAUCAGUCCUUUUCCUACUGCGGAGACCGUCUUCAGUGAUUUGUU